CUCUUUCGCUGGCCUCACUAUGGGAAGCUCGUCAUGGGAGAAACACUGUCAAUUAAGGUUUACAACUGCAGCAAGGUUUUCAGUAACAGGCUUCUUGGUACCCUUGUUCUCAGCCUUCAGCACCUGAUGACAUCUGGGAGACUGAUCCUCUGGGAGGCUCUCAUCGACCGGAACCACAGAGUCACCGAUAUCUACAUUGAGUUGGAUUUGCGCUACCAGCCUCCAGAUGGCUCAGCUGGGACUUGGGUUGAAGAGGACUUUGUCUAUCAGAUGAAAGACAGUUCAGAGUUAAUCAUCUGCAAUCCUGGAUUUGAGGAUCUGGAGGCAGCCGAGGGGCCGAGAGCGAGUGAACUGGACAGGAAGGCUGCUGUGCUGGGCAGGAAGCUGGCAAAAGGCCUGGAGACUGAUGAGGAAGAGGAGGAAGAAGAUUUCUAUGAUGUGUCCGAGAUGGAGGUCUCAGGCAUUGUCUUCAGCCCUGUGAAGAGCCGCUCCAGACUUUGCUCCGCACGGGACCUCUUUGCCACUCCAGCCCCGCAGAGCUUCCAGGUUGGGAUUAAUAUCAUUGAAGCACAGAAGCUGGUGGGCGUGAACAUUAACCCCUUUGUGGUAGUCAAGGUUGGAGAGGAGAAGAGGCACAUGGUGACACAGAAGUCAACAAACUGCCCCUUCUACAAUGAAUAUUUUUUGUUCGAAUUCCACGAGCCAAGAGAUGUUUUAUUGCACAAACUUAUAGAGAUCUCAGUUUUUCACUCAAAGAAAGUACCAUUCCUGGGAACGUGCAUAGGAACAUUCAAGAUGGAUGUUGGGACGGUGUACAGCCAGCCAGAUCACAGGUUUUUCCAGAAGUGGGCUGUUAUCAGUGACCCCACAGAUACCCGGGCAGGUGUGAAAGGCUUUGUGAAGUGCAACAUCUCCGUCACUGCACGUGGGGAUGUUGUGGGCUCCCUUCCCACCUCCUCCAGCAACCGGGAUGAAGACAUUGAAAGGAACUUGCUGCUGCCUAAGAGAGUCCCUGCAGAGAGACCUUGGGCCAGGGUCUGCAUCAAGCUGUAUCGUGCUGAGGGCCUGCCCAGCAUGAGUUCAGGCAUCAUGGGUGGUUUCUCCAAGAUCAUAGGGGAGAAAAAAGUCUUUAUUGACCCAUACGUGCAAGUCUUGUUCUGUGGGCAGCAGGGGGAAACCUCGGUGGAGACCAGCACCACUGAGCCUGAGUGGAAUGAGCAGAUCAGCUUCAUCGAGAUGUUCCCACCUCUGGCCAGGAAGAUAAAAGUCCAGGUGCUAGAUGAUGCUAAUGUUGGUGACAUGGCCAUCAGUAAACACUACAUUGACCUGCAGCAGAUCUCAGACCCUGGCAGGAAUGGCUUUAACCCCACAUUUGGCCCAACCUGGGUGAACCUGUAUGGCUCCCCCCAGAACUCGGCUCUGCGGGACAUCCACAAGGACCUCAACGAGGGCAUGGGCGAGGGGAUCUUCUACCGCGGGCGCAUCCUCAUGGCCAUCACGGUGGAGAUCUUCAGCAGCCCCAGUGUGGCAGAGAGGAAGCUUGGGGACAAGACAAAAGGAGCCUUAAGCAAACUGAAGCUGAAGAAGACAAGUAAGAAAUCCAAAGAGAAAGCCAAAGAACUGAGCCAGCUGCAGGGAGAAGAGGAGACUGGCGGCUCUCAGGAGGCUGUGCAGCCUGGGGAGGUCACUGUGGAGGUGGAAGAGCUUCAUCCACUCACUGAGAACGCGUUGGGGAGGAAGGAGGAAUUCCUCCUCUUUGUUGCCUUCUUUGAAGCCACUGUGAUGAACUCCUCUCUCAACAACAAGCCUGUCAGCUUUGAAGUCUCUAUAGGAAACUAUGGCAAAGCUGAAGAGGUUGUGACCAAAGUACAGAGAAAAGCGGAAAAGGGAGAAGUGAAAGAAGAAAAGCAGCCUUUGCUGGACCUUGGUUCAGAUGACAAGCUGGAUGUUGAAGUUCUGGCCUCAGUUUCAGUAGCACUGAACAAGUCGGUGACAAAGAGCCAGAGACCAGAGCCCAUGGACUAUGACAGGUUAUACAGCUGCCUGCCCAUGACGCAUGAGAAACCCUGCGUGUACGUGUGGAGCUACUGGGAGGAUCACACCUGGAGACUCUGCAUUUCCAACUGGAUUGUCAAGCUGGCAGAGCGCCUGGAGCAGGGCCUGAACGAUGUGGAGAAGCUCAUGAGAAGGCCAAAGGCUAAAGCAGAAGAGCGGCUCAGAGAGGUGCUGGAGGAAUUUGUAGCUGGAUGCAGGCAAUAUUCCCUCAGUGCAGAGAGAAAAAUCAUGACACAUCCAAACAACCUUGACAGAUGUCGGAUGAAAUACCUGACGUGCAACAUUAUCCUGUACGCCAAGCAGGGGCUCCGUGUGAGGCGGCGGCUGUCUCGAGCCAACGUCAAGGAGAAGGUUAAGGAGACAAGGAAGGUCCUGGCAAAGCUACGCUUCAUGGCGAAAGAGGGCUCCCCUGAAUUCCUUGGCCAGGCCUUUGCCGUUCCACAGGUGAAGCUGGUCGAUGAGCCAUAUGUCAAACCUGCCUUGCAGUUCUUUGAUUUCUACAAAGGCACUAAAGCAGCGGGAGAGCUCAUUGCCACUUUUGAGCUGAUUGAGCUGGAUUACAGCAGCUAUUUGGAGCCGUCAGUGCCUGAGGAUGUGGAGCCCAAGGAGCCCAACUACCUGGGAGACCCCUGUGCUGGACGGUUCAUCAUCCCUGAGGGCAUCCGCCCAGUGCUGAAGGAGUUUCACAUAGAGAUCCUGUUCUGGGGCCUGCGAGACCUGAAGCAGGUGAACUUGUUCGAGGUGGAUCAGCCUCAGGUGAUAACAGAAUGUGCUGGCAAGAAGGUGGAGUCAGAGGUGAUUGUGGCCUACAAAGAGAACCCCAACUUCACUGAACUGGUCAAAUACAUGGACGUGGAGCUCCCGGAGCAGGUCUACCUGCACCCUCCCCUCAGCAUCUUCGUGGUGGAAAAACGGGCGUUUGGGCGGACUGUGUUGGUGGGUACCCAUGUUGUGUCCGAUGUGAUGAAAUUCUCUCCCAGAGAGCUGGAGGAGGAACCAGAAGAUGUACCCAAAGCUCGGAAAGUCUCAUCCCAGCAUCUUUGCUCUCAGACUGUGGUAAACAUUGGCCCGGCAGCUGGUGACCCAGGUGCCAGCACUCACGCCCUGAGACUUGUGAAGGCUCCUCUGAAGAAAAUUCCUAUCAGUAAGCUUGUAAAGGAGGACGAAUAUGAAGAAGAAAAACCAGAGCUGGAAGAACUGGAUUGGUGGUCCAAGUACUAUGAGUCCCUGAAGGAGCUGUAUAACCAG